GCGGCUGCGCGGAGCGGCUGACGGCAAAGCCGCGCUGCUCCUGGAGAGGUCACUCCGGAGACGGCGGAGAUUUAGGGGAGUGGGACUCAGUUGCGCUAUGUGGCGUGUCUGUGCGCGACGGGCCCAGCGUGCAGCCCCGGGGACAGGACUCAGGGCUCGGUGGACGGCCUUGCGAGAGGGGCCCGGAGCUCCGUGUGUGAGCCUCCGGGCUGGCCGCGCCCCGGCUCGUUCCAACAGCACGACCAUCCCAGGCUAUGGCGGGGUCCGGGCUCUGUGCGGCUGGAGUACCAGCUCUGGCGCCACUCCACGGAACCGCUUACUGCAGCAGCUUUUGGGAUCUCCCGGCCGCCGCUGUUACAGUCUCCCUCCUCAUCAGAAGGUACCGUUACCUUCUCUUUCCCCCACGAUGCAGGCAGGCACCAUAGCCCGUUGGGAAAAAAAAGAAGGGGAAAAAAUUAAUGAGGGUGAUCUAAUUGCAGAGGUUGAAACUGAUAAAGCCACAGUUGGAUUUGAGAGCGUAGAGGAGUGUUAUAUGGCAAAGAUACUUGUUGCUGAAGGUACCAGAGAUGUUCCAGUUGGAGCCAUCAUCUGUAUCACAGUUGGAAAGCCUGAGGAUAUUGAGGCUUUUAAGAACUAUACAUUGGAUUCCACUGCAGCACCCACCCCACAAGCAGCCCCAGCACCAACUGUCGCCCCCACUACUGCUGCUUCAACACCUGUACCUUCUUCUGCUCAGGCUCCUGGUAGCUCAUAUCCUACUCACAUGCAGGUACUUCUUCCUGCCCUCUCUCCUACCAUGACCAUGGGCACAGUUCAGAGAUGGGAAAAAAAAGUAGGAGAGAAGCUAAGCGAAGGAGACUUAUUGGCAGAGAUAGAGACUGACAAAGCCACUAUAGGUUUUGAAGUGCAGGAAGAAGGUUAUCUGGCAAAAAUCCUGGUGCCUGAAGGCACAAGAGACGUCCCUCUAGGGACCCCACUUUGCAUCAUUGUAGAAAAAGAGGCUGAUAUAGCAGCAUUUGCUGAUUAUAGGCCAACUGAAGUAACUGAUUUAAAACCACAAGCACCACCACCUACCCAACCCCUGGUGGCAACUGUUCCUCCAACUCCCCAACCUGUAACUCCUAUGCCCUCCGGCACUCCUGCUGCACUGGCUACUCCAGUUGGACCUAGGGGAAGGGUGUUUGUUAGUCCUCUUGCAAAGAAGUUGGCUGCAGAGAAAGGGAUAGACCUUACACAAGUAAAAGGGACGGGACCAGAUGGCAGAAUCAUCAAAAAGGACAUUGACUCUUUUGUGCCUACUAAAGCUGCUCCUGCCCCAGCAGUUGCUGUGCCUCCCCCAAGUCCUGGAAUGGCACCUGUUCCUACAGGUGUCUUCACAGAUAUCCCAAUCAGCAACAUUCGUCGAGUUAUUGCACAGCGAUUAAUGCAGUCAAAGCAAACUAUACCUCAUUAUUACCUUUCUAUUGAUGUAAAUAUGGGAGAAGUUUUGUUGGUACGGAAAGAACUUAAUAAGAUGUUAGAAGGAAAAAGCAAAAUUUCUGUCAAUGAUUUCAUCAUAAAAGCUUCAGCUCUGGCAUGUUUAAAAGUUCCUGAAGCAAACUCUUCUUGGCUGGACACAGUUAUAAGACAAAAUCAUGUUGUUGAUGUCAGUGUUGCUGUCAGUACUCCUGCAGGACUCAUCACACCUAUUGUCUUUAAUGCACAUAUAAAAGGACUGGAAUCCAUUGCUAAUGAUGUUGUUUCUUUAGCAGCCAAAGCAAGAGAGGGUAAACUACAACCACAUGAAUUCCAGGGUGGUACUUUUACAAUCUCCAAUUUGGGAAUGUUUGGCAUUAAGAAUUUCUCUGCUAUUAUUAACCCACCUCAAGCUUGUAUAUUAGCAAUUGGUGCUUCAGAGGAUAAAUUGGUUCCAGCAGAUAAUGAAAAAGGAUUUGAUGUGGUUAGCAUGAUGUCUGUGACACUCAGUUGUGAUCAUCGAGUUGUGGAUGGAGCAGUUGGAGCCCAGUGGCUUGCUGAAUUUAGAAAGUACCUUGAAAAACCUAUUACCAUGUUGUUGUAAUUGACCCCCAGAAUCUUCAGACUCUUGCAGGUUACAUUGGUUCAUUCUUACUAGGAUAUUUAUAUGUUAUUAAACAUGGUUCUUUUAAAGUUCACCAGUUAUUUUUAUUAUGGAGUCUUUCCAGAUAAAUUAUUUAUAAUGGCAUUACUGAAUAUUUUAAUGCCGGUUAUACCCAUAUAUUGUUCACAUUCAAUGAUUAAACACCUGGUUUUAAGCUGUGUACUUUUAGUCAAAGGAUAUAUGCUAGCUUGGUGAUAUGUAUUUCCAUUAGGAGAUACAGGACAGGCAGAACUGUGCUUCCCUAGACACAAAUACUAAAAGUAAUAUCAGUGAUACUUUGCUGUUCCAAAUUUAAUUGCCUAAAAUUUCUUAGAUGUAAAGGAAAGAGAAAUUAGGGAAAGUUACUUUUCUUACUUUUGUAUGAACGAACCAUGGUUUAAACUUUUCUGUUACAUGAUCUGGGUUUUGGUUUAUCAUAUGUGGAAAGGGUAGAGGACUUCAAGAGAAA